AUGAGUGAUGGACGCUUGCAAAAAAUGGAUGUUGAUUACUCCACCACUGUGGACGAAUUAAUUCCCGUGGUGAAGUCGUUAUGCAUCGCCUUAGAAAAACAGACUCGCAUGGCCUCAGACGCCAUAUCCACUGGUCGUUUGCUAGAAGUAAUGGUGGAAAUCCUAGCCGAAGGCAAAAAAUGGGAACAUCUAAAUCGACAUUUAGAAGCAAUGACUAAAAAACGAAAUCAGCUGAAACAGGCGGUCACUAAGAUGGUGCAAAAGGCCUUGACAUACUUGGACGCAACACCAAAUGAAGAGACAAAACUUGCUCUUAUUGCAUCCCUUAGGCGCGUUACAGAGGGAAAGAUUUAUGUCGAAGUGGAACGCGCUCGUCUGACGAGAGAGCUUGCUCGAAUAAAAGAGUCACAUGGGCAAAUUGACGAAGCAGCUUCUGUUCUUCAAGAUCUCCAAGUUGAAACUUUUGGAUCCAUGGAAAAAAAGGAGAAGGUAGAAUUUAUGCUGGAACAAAUACGUCUCGGACUAGCGAAGAAAGAUUAUAUUCGCACUCAGAUUAUUAGUCGUAAAAUAUCACCCAAAUUCUUCAGCGAUGGUGCCCAUGAAGACUUGAAACUUAAAUAUUACCAUCUCAUGAUUGAGCUGAAUUUAGAAGAUGACCAAUAUCUUAAUAUUAGCAAACAUUACUGGGAAGUGUACAACACAAAAAGUAUUCAGGAAGAUGAAACCAAGCGUCUGUUGGCCUUGAAACACGUUAUAGUUUAUCUUAUGUUAGCGAAGUACGACAAUGAGCAGCAUGAUUUAAUGUGCCGAAGAAAAACUCUGGGUGACAUGGAGAAAAUACCUUAUUAUGUUGUUUUUUACCUAUUGUUUCCCCGCAGAGAGAUGUUGAAAGCCUUUACAACACACGAGUUGCUUCGCUGGGACGACUUCCGCAACCGAUACGGAACUUUGCUUCAUUCCGAAACGGAUGUGUUUUCGACUGAAAAGUCUGCUACUCGUGCCGAAAAGCGUUGGGAAGACUUGCAUUCACGAUUAGUUGAGCAUAACAUUCGUGUAAUCGCCGAAUACUACACAAAAAUUCGACUUCAACGAAUGGCACAGCUUCUCGAUCUUGAUACAGAGGUUAGUCGAUUAUCAACCACCAAGACCAGACUUGUGCGACCAUCAAUUCACGGUUUUCAUAGACAGGUUUGUGAUUGUGAAUGGUCACUAUCCAGGCGUAUUUCAAUGAAUCUGUUUUUUGCGUGGCAAAUGACUUGGAAUGAGUUUGAGCUUGAGUGA